GACAGAACAUUGUUUUUGGUAUCAACAACACAACCACGAGAAUAUAAUCAACCAUGCCGAUAUAUGAAUCCUCGGAGUCCGACAAUGAGACCAUCCCACGGGUAAAGCUGUUCGGACGUGAAAGGCCUAUGCAUUCUAUUCUUGGAGGAGGGAAAGUUGCUGAUGUAUUACUAUGGAGGGAAAGAAACUUAUCAGCCGCGUUAUUAAUUGGAGUGACAGCCAUAUGGUUUCUCUUCGAGGUGGUUGAGUACAAUUUCGUGACCCUUCUCUGUCACAUCUCCAUCACCACAAUGCUUGUUAUCUUCAUAUGGGGCAUGUUUGCAGAUUAUUUUGGAUGUACUCGCCCGAAGAUCCCUGAGUUGUUGUCGAAUGAACACGCCUUCAGAGAAGUUGUUUCCGCCUUCCAUUGGAGGUUCAAUCAAUUCUUGUCAAAGUUCCUUCACAUUGCUGGUGGAAAAGACCCCGUUCACUUCUUUUUGGUAAUUGUUUCUCUGUACAUAAUAUCAGUGAUCGGAUCCUAUUUCGACUUUGUGAAUCUUCUGUUCAUUGGCUUUCUCUGUAUGGAGACCCUGCCAUACCUGUACACUAAAUUCGAGAAUGAAGUUGAUUAUCAUGCUGGGCAAAUGACCCGGAAGGCGAGCAAACUGUACAGAAGGUUUGAUUCUAGAGUUCUUACCAAGAUACCGAGAGGACCAGUAAAGGAGAAGAAGCACGCAUAAAUAACAUAGUAGCGUGCAAAAUCGGGAUUUCCUCUUUGUUUCCAUUGCAGAUGUACAUUUCCUUAAACAUGUAAAAACUACAAAAUCAUUGUUGUAUUGUAUAUUUGAAGUUCUUACCAUGGAACAGAAGCUAAUGAAAUAUGUUUGAUGGGUGGUCUAAUAAA